GUCACUCUCUUUUACUCAAUUAUUCGGAAGCGUUAUUCACGCUCCAGUCACUCAUUUACUUUGUUUAUUAAAAAAGAUGCAUUUUUCUAGUUUGAUUCCCGCUUUGGGAGGUCUUGUGGCUGUUGCCACUGCCUCGCCUCACCUUCUCCCCGGUGUUGGCCUCGGUCUCGAUGUCGAUGUUUCGCUUGGAGGAAAGGGUGCCGAGGCUUCCAAGCCCGUUGACACUACCUCCAAAGGCCUUGACCUAGUUCCCACCAAGGCUCCCGUUAACCAGAAGGGUGGUCUUCCUUCUACCUGCAGCUUGGCCAACAGCUGGGAGAACCAUGUUCUCUUCGACGGUAUCGCUGCUCCUGCUUCUGGCGCUGCUGCCGCCAUUAAGCUUGGUCUUAACCUCCCCAACGCUCAGAUCGAGGGUGAUGCUACUCUUGAGCUUGUGAAGGACUUCCUCCAGGAGCCUCGUGUCCGUAUUGGUCUUGGCGCUAUCAAGGCUUACGUCGAGCUCGACAUCUCUGCUUCCGCCGCUGUCCACGAAUCCAUUGAACUUUUCGCUUCUUCUGCUCUUCAGCUUGAGAUCCCCGGUCUCCUUGAGGCUGAGGCCGGUGCUGCUCUCGCUCUUGACCUUGUCGUCGGUGUCGAUGCUGCUAUUGAUCUGUCCGCUGGUGUCUACCUUGCCUUCGGUGAGGAGGCUUUCGUUGAGGUUUCUCUUAUCACCAAGGAGAUCGUUGACGUCUCCCUUGAGGGUCUUGUUGCCAAGGCUCUCCCCAUUGGCGUCGGUGCCGAGGUCGACCUCUCUGCUGAGGUUUCUCUCACUCUUGGCCUCCGUCUCCGAACUGAGAUCGAUCUUGAGGCCGAGCUUGACAUUCCUGUUCUUGACAUCGAGGCUGGUGCCAAGAUUGCUGUCUGGGUCAGCCUUUUCGAGUACACUGCCGUUCUCAUCGCCACCGACAACUGCGCCGUCUCCGUCGAUGAGCUCAUUGCUCUUACUCUUGGUCUCGCUGUUGAGCUCAACGUUGAGGUCGGCGACAUUCUUGACAUCAGCCUUGCUCCUACUCUAACCAUCACCCUUGCUACUGCUGCUCAGGCCAAGGUUUGCCAGCCUAACCGCGGUACUCCUGGUAACUUCAUUGAGCAGCAAGGUCGCCCUGCUACCACUCACACUCAGGUCGUCUCUCUGUCUACUGUCCCUGCUGGCGGCUCUGACUCUACUAUGGACUCUGCUCUUCCUGAUGCCACUGGUUCUGCUGAUGCCUCUGGCUCCGCUGAUGUUACCGGCUCCGCCACUGCUGAUUCUUCUGACGCCUACCCCGUCCCCGGUGCCACUGGAUCCGAGACUUACCCUGCUGGUGCCGAGACUACCGGUUCUGGCUCAGGUGCUUACCCCAUUCCUGGCUCCGGUUCUGGAUCUGGCGCUUCUGCUGGUGCUGAGACAACCGGCUCUGGAUCUGGUGCCUACCCUGCCGGCCCUGGCUCCUCUUCCGCACUCGCCAAGCCCCAGACCACUGGUUCCGCCGCUGCCAUCGUCCCUGCUCACGGCAACGGCACUGCCACCGGCGAUGUCACCAGCACCGUCACCUCCACCCACGUCUACACCGUGACCAGCUGUGCUGCCUCUGUCAUCAACUGUCCUGCCCGUUACACCCAGAAGGUCGUCACCUCCACCAUCAUCGAGAGCACCUACGUCUGCCCUGCCACCGAGACCGAUGCCGUCCCUGCUACCACCACUGCUCACUCCACCAAGGUCCAUGUUCCCGUCACCACCAUCACUGACACUCUCACCACGAUUGUGCCUUGUAAGACCCGAACUACCAAGACCUUCCACCCUCCUACUACUCCCCCUCCUGCUCCUACCGUCACCAUCGUUGACACCACCACCUACUGCCCUGAGGAGGGAAAGACUGCUCAGCCUUCCAAGGGCCAGUCAACUUUCCAGGUCGUGACCACUGCUUCCCCGAGCACCAAGGCUUAUGAGGUCCCCAGCCACGCUGCUCCUACUACCGAGGGUGAGGAGAAGCCCACUGCUGAGGUUCCUGUCCCUGAGAAGCCCACUGGCGAGGCUCCCGUUCCCGAGAAGCCUACCGCUGGAUACCCUACUCCUGAGAAGCCCACCGGCGGCAAGCCCGUCGCCCCUCCCGCUCACAGCGUCCCUUACCCUCCCAGCAACGGAACUGUCUCCACCCACGUUCCCGUUUACCCAGCUCCUGUUCCUACUACCGCCGUUCCUGUGGUCCCUGCUCCCGUCCCUACCGCUGGAUACGCCCCACCUCCCGCCGUGUCUCAGCCUGGAGUUGUUCCUCCUCCCGCUGCUGAGACUCCUGUCGCCACUCCCGUCGGAACCACCCCUGUUCCCGUCAGUGGUGCCAGCGUGGUUCGCACUGGCUUCAUGCUGGCUCUCCCAGCUGCCCUUGCUUUCUUCAUGUAGAUGAUAAACGGUUAAGAUUACAGGAUCUAUGUAUAACACUUAGGUAACGGGACUUGGAUUAGCAAUAGUUCAUGGUUUCUUUAAUUUUUAAUAUUACUAUGUCAACCAA